GGGAGCAUAUGCAGCCGGAGAGCCGAGAGAAUUGAUACUGAACAAACACACAAAAAGAGACGGUAUGCAGGACAGAAACGCGGCUCUGACGACGCGGACUGUCUGAGGGAGCCGCUCGCUCAGCGCUGUCUCAGCCACGCUGUCUGUGUUGGGACUUGUGAGGGGGGGAUGACAAGACGAAGACGAACGAGAGAGGAAUUUUAAUGACUGCAUUCUGGGGGUUUAGUGAAUGUGAUUUCUUUAAUGUUGACGCGGUUUUGGUGCAAGUUUGCGCGCCGCUGCCGGAGCCGGCUGCCUGAACGCUGACGGAGAGAACGGAAGACAGAAUGAUCUGUUGGCUCUGCUGACUUAAUUUUUGUUCUUGGCUCUCUCUCCAUCCACUCUGUCGUCCAGCCGCGCGCGCCGCUCCGUCUCUGUGUGUGUGUGGAUGUGAGAGAGUGAGAGAAUGUGUGAGGGAAGUUGAGGAGAACUCCUCCGUCAUGUCUGUUUCUCUCUCUCCAGCCGGAUCUGCUCGGCCUGCUGCUGCUGGUGGGCUGUGGGUUCUGGGGGUUGUGGAGCUCUGCGCGCGGCGGCUGCUGCUUCUUUUAUGAGCGCCACCUCUGCUGAGAUUUGGGCUGCUCGCCGUCUCGAGCCGACCAGUGCUGAAGUCCGUCUGUCUGUCUGUCCGUCCGUCCGCGCUGUUGAAGAAAGAUCUGCCAGAGAGGAGCGCAUCAGCUGGCGAGUGCCAUGCACCCCCUGGCAAACAGCUGUUGCCCACGUAGAGGUCUCUCAGCCUCCUGAUCGUGUCCUCUCCGGCCACAGAGGAUGCUGGGAAUUUGUCGUGGGCGCAGGAAGUUCCUGGCUGCGUCCCUCGCCCUGCUCUUCAUCCCAGCCCUCACCUGGCUCUACCUGUCUGCUGCCAACUUCUCAGUGAAGCCGCUGCCUCUGUCUCCGCUGGAGCCUCAGUCCUCCACACUGGUAGGUGGAGCUGGUGAGCGGCAGGCUCUGGAGCUCCGGGUUCGAGAGGUGGAGGAAGAGAACCGUGCGCUGAGGAGAGAGCUGAGCCAGCCGCCCAGAAACCCCACCCACACCAACCACCACGGCAACGGUCGCCAUGGCAACCAGUCACACGCCCCAGUUGUUCGAGAGGGGUCAAGGCAUGGCGAGGCUCCAAAAGGCGCCGCCACAGGCAACAGCUCCGACUGUGUUUCUCAGCCUGUGGUGGACAAGUGUGAGACGAUUCAUAUGGCUAUAGUGUGUGCAGGGUACAAUGCCAGCAGAGAUGUGGUGACGCUGGUGAAAUCUGUCCUGUUCCACAGGCGAAACCCUCUCCACUUCCACUUCAUCACUGACUCGAUCGCCCAGCAGAUCCUGGCCUCCCUGUUCCGCACCUGGAUGGUGCCGGCCGUCCGGGUGGAUUUCUACGAUGCUGACGAACUGAAGUCUGAGGUGUCGUGGAUUCCCAACAAGCAUUACUCUGGUAUCUAUGGCCUGAUGAAGCUGGUCCUGACCAAGACGCUGCCUUCUGACCUACAGAAAGUCAUCGUUCUGGAUACUGACAUCACCUUUGCCACGGACAUCGCUGAGCUGUGGGCUGUGUUUCAUAAAUUCAAAGGUCAGCAGGUGCUGGGGCUGGUGGAGAAUCAGAGUGAUUGGUAUUUGGGGAAUCUGUGGAAGAACCAUCGGCCUUGGCCUGCUCUGGGCAGAGGCUUCAACACAGGUGUGAUUCUCCUGCUGUUGGAUCGUUUGAGGAAGCUCAGAUGGGAGCAGAUGUGGAGACUGACAGCAGAGAGGGAGCUGAUGAGCAUGCUGUCAACAUCACUAGCAGAUCAGGAUAUCUUCAACGCUGUGAUCAAACAGAACCCCUUCCUGGUUCACCAGCUGCCCUGCUUCUGGAACGUCCAGCUGUCUGAUCACACCCGCUCCGAGAAGUGCUACAAAGAUGUGUCCGACCUCAAGGUGAUCCACUGGAACUCUCCUAAGAAGCUGCGGGUGAAGAACAAGCAUGUGGAGUUCUUCAGGAACCUUUAUCUGACCUUCCUGGAAUAUGAUGGGAACCUACUGAGGAGAGAGCUGUUUGGCUGCCCGAGCGAGACGGACCACAACAGCGAAAAUCUCCAGAAGACUCUGCUGGAGCUUGAUGAAGACGACCCGUGUUAUGAGUUCCGACGGGAGCGCUUCACCGUUCACCGCACACAUCUAUACUUCCUGCACUACGAGUACGAGCCCAGCGCCGACCAGACUGACGUCACCCUGGUGGCCCAGCUCUCUAUGGACAGGCUGCAGAUGCUGGAGGCCAUCUGUAAACACUGGGAGGGUCCCAUCAGUCUGGCUCUUUACCUGUCUGAUGCUGAGGCCCAGCAGUUCUUGCGCUACGCUCAGGGCUCUGAGGUGCUCAUGAGCAGGAGCAACGUGGGAUACCACAUCGUCUAUAAGGAGGGCCAGUUCUACCCGGUUAACCUGCUGCGCAACGUCGCCAUGAGGCAGGUCAACACCCCCUACAUGUUCCUGUCUGACAUCGACUUCUUACCCAUGUACGGACUCUACGAGUACCUCAGGAAGUCGGUGGUGCAGCUGGACAUGGCUAACACUAAGAAGGCUCUGGUGGUGCCUGCGUUUGAAACGCUGCGUUACCGGCUGUCCUAUCCCAAAUCCAAGGCUGAGCUUCUGUCCCAGCUCGACAUGGGGACACUAUUCACCUUCAGGUAUCAUGUAUGGACAAAAGGCCACGCUCCGACUAACUUUGCGAAAUGGCGAACAGCCACAACGCCAUACAGAGUGCAGUGGGAGGCGGACUUUGAGCCGUAUGUGAUGGUGAGGAGGGACUGUCCUGAGUAUGACCGCAGAUUUGUGGGAUUCGGCUGGAACAAAGUAGCCCACAUUAUGGAGCUGGACGCACAGGAAUAUGAGUUUGUGGUUCUGCCGAACGCCUACAUGAUCCACAUGCCUCAUGCGCCCAGCUUCGACAUCACCAAGUUCCGCUCAAACGAACAGUACCGCGUUUGCCUCAAGACUCUGAAAGAGGAGUUUCAGCAGAACAUGUCCCGACGCUACGGCUUCGCUGCACUUAAAUACAUGACCGCAGAGAACAACAGCUAGCAGCCUCUAUUCUGCUGAAACUGAGCAGGCAAGAUGGACAGCAUUGCUUCCGAGUUAAAAUAGUGAUGGACACUAAUGAGUGAUGGACUCUAUAAAGCUUCAGAACAGAGCGGCUGGUACGCUCCUGACAAAAGAGAAUCUGCAGAGGGAUGAGUGACUUUUUAUGCACAUAACUCCCUACACACCUCUGGCCAGAUGGAUUUACAUGAGAGAGAGUUAAUGGUUAAUCCAGUAACCUGCUUUAAACCAGAAAUUUGAGCCUCUGAUAUGUAUACAUUUUCUUUAUUUUUUCUCUUUUUUGUCUCAGCACGAAUUACUAAUAGCAAAACAGCUUCAAAAAAAAUCUUCGAUAUUGUUUUAUUACUUUUAGGAGGUCAUCUUUUAGCUUGUUUGGAAGGAUUUAUGUUUUCAGUGAAAUAUCUCCUUAAUUUGUGCAGAAAAUUAAUCAGAUUACAAAAAUGAGGGUGUUAGAAUGGGGAUAUUUACACUGGUAUAAACCAAAUCUGAAUAUAUGAAAUGGUAAAAAAAACUUUGAAAUUGUCUAUGUUCCAACCUUAAAUGUAAAAUGAGAGCGAAUUACAGUCAUAGAAUCAGUUCAGCAGCCCAGCAUCCAGCAUCCAGUGCAUCAGACAGCAAAAGUUUGAAAAUAAUCCAGAUUAGGAACCUGAAUUGGGCUGAAUUGGAUGAAUCAGCUGUAGAUACAGUAAUCAUUGUGGUAAAGUUAGUGUCAUUACUUCACUCACAAAAUGAAGAAUGAAGGUGGCUUAUAUGUUCAUACAUAAAGUGGGUAGAAGAGCAACAAACUGUUUUUUUUUUUCUUUGUCUUUCACAGUGCAGAUUAUUCAGUAUAUUUGGAUCUCUUCUCCUUGAAAAUAUCAUGCUGUACUUUACUGUUAUAUAUGGUGAAAAUGACAUUAUGGCACUACAUGAAGGGCUGCAAGCGGUUCCUUUGAGCCAUGAAAAAUUCCAGAAUAAUGAUGUUAAAAUGAAUAUGUUUAUUUUGAUAAUAAAAAAUGUCUGGAGAAGGUU